ACACACAGAACCUUAUUGUUUAUCUCUUGAAACGAACAAAAAUUAACUAAAACACACGAGUUUAAUGAAAUAAAAAGCCAACGCAACAAAGUUUACAGAGUGAUUUGGCCGGCAUCGUACUUCAUAGAGAACAUCAGCAUAGUGAAAUAUUUACAGAGUGACCGCGACAACACUGCACAGCGCUUAUAAGGCAUAAAAUAAUUUACAUUUUACAAGUUCUGCGCUCUAUCCACUGGCCUGACCGUUUAGUCAAACAAUUGUGGAGUGAUUUGCUGCGAGGACCGUUCGUAAAGGCUGGUAAAAUUGGAAAAAUAACUAAGCAUAACACAAAAAUGCCGCCAGCGUCCGCGGUGAACAGUAACAAUGCGGCCGCACAGGCAGCCAAGGCAGAGCGGGCAGAGAAGCUGCGAGGGGCGCUCAGAACCUUCAUCGUGGCGGAUCGCCAGCGUCGGCAGGAGGAAUACGAUGCCUACUGUGAGCAAAUGCGACAGCGCCGGGAGGAGGAGGAGCGAGAGCGCGAGAACCAGCAGGCCCUGGAGGACACACGGGAUGAGAUCACCAAACUGGACGAGCAACUGGCGGAUCUGCACAGUCAGAAGCAUCAGUUGCUGGUGCAGCUAAAAAAGGUGCUCAAUGACGAUGAGACCCGGAAAAAGCAGGCCAAGGAGAACGAACUGUUUGCCAUGCAACAGGCGGCGGCCACUGUGGCCACCUCGGUCUAUCUGCCGACUCUCCGCUUACAACAGCAUCACCAGCAGCUGCCGAAGCCCACGCCCGGCAGUCAGGCAGGGAAGCGAGGGCGAAGUCCCUCGCCACCGAAUCAUGCGUACUACAAGAGCUUUGCGCAACAAAAGCCCACGGCACAGUAUCCCAGCACGGGCACCCUGUUCUAUCAGACGACUGCAGCGCCGCCUACCACACAGCAGCAGGCAGACGCACGGCUGCAGUCCAUCUACAACUAUGCGCUGCCACUGCGACAGGCGUACCAUGUGGAGCUGCCCAAUGCCACGGUGAGCAAGGCCUCGGACACGCAGUCGCCGAAGACGCAGCCGAUGCAGGUGCUGCACAUCAAUCUGGACCAGCCGCCCAUUUCCCAAUCCGAUUUGGUUGUGCAGGCCACCAGCGUGGCCAGCAGCCUGUCCAUACAGGCAUCCAAGCCGCAGGUGACCAUGGAGAAGCUGCCGGAGCGCUAUCACAUCGAGGUGAAGCACGAUGGUGCGCCACAGAAUCAUGUACCACCGCCGCCGCAUCUGCUGUCGGAGGGUGUGAUCUUUAAGCCGAUGAUGAGCGAGCUCUCAAUGCAUCCCAAUGUGCUGCAAAUAAGCACCAGUCAGAGUUCCAAGACCACUGGCAGCAUUACCCAAGGCUUUCCGCCGAUACGUGGAAGCUCAGGCGGCCAUGAGGCACAAUUGAAUCGACAGCAGCUGUCGCUGUUGCCCGGCCAGACGGCCACACCGCCCGUUUCUAGCUCGGGAUCCGCACAGCCAGCAGUCGGACAGCAGUUGCAAUAUCCACGACGCCUGUACUAGCUCUAGGAUCUAGUUACUCCCCUUCUAUGAAACUCACUCACUAAUCAAGUUACGAUUUUUAAUGGAGAUUAUAUACUGACUACGCUGCCUCCUGCUCGGAGGUGGCCAAACACACACACACGAAAUAAAGCACACACAAUAAUGGCGUCCCUAUUUUCCAAUCGAA